GGCCUGGGGCUCGGCUUCCCCACGCCGGGUACUGUUUCCCAGGCAUCCCACGUGUCUGCCGUCCGCGAGCGCCUGUCAAUCAAGUGUUUUUCCCCGGCUGGGAACGGGUUUAAAGGCGGCUGCGGUGUAGAGCGCUCCCAUAGUGCCGCGCGGCGGGCGGGUUUGGAUUUUAAAUCCCCGCGGCCAAUCAGUGGCGCGCAGGCUCCUGUAACGUUCCCGGCGCCGCGUUUGAAUUCGAGGAGGAGCGCAGCGGUGCCAAGCAUUUGCCCAGACCCUACUAGGUCCGCGGAGCAACUCGGGGAACAUGAGUGCGGCGGCAACUGCAGGGAAGCUGGCGCGGGCACCAGCCGACCCAGGGAAAGCCGGGGUCCCCGGCGCUGCGGCUCCCGGGGCCCCGGCGGCCGCCCCGCCGGCGAAAGAGAUCCCGGAGGUCCUAGUGGACCCGCGCAGUCGCCGGCGCUAUCUGCGGGGACGCUUUCUGGGGAAAGGCGGCUUUGCCAAGUGCUUCGAGAUCUCGGACGCGGACACUAAGGAUGUGUUCGCGGGCAAGAUCGUGCCUAAGUCGCUGCUGCUCAAGCCACACCAGAAAGAGAAGAUGUCCAUGGAGAUAUCCAUUCACCGCAGCCUCGCCCACCAGCACAUCGUGGGCUUCCACGGCUUUUUCGAGGACAGCGACUUCGUGUUCGUGGUGUUGGAGCUCUGCCGCCGGAGAUCUCUCCUGGAGCUGCACAAGCGGAGGAAAGCCCUGACUGAGCCCGAGGCCCGCUACUACCUGCGGCAGAUCGUCCUUGGCUGCCAGUACCUGCACCGCAACCGGGUUAUUCACCGGGACCUCAAGCUGGGCAACCUCUUCCUGAACGAGGAUCUGGAGGUGAAAAUAGGGGAUUUUGGACUGGCAACCAAAGUGGAAUAUGACGGGGAGCGGAAGAAGACCCUGUGUGGGACUCCUAAUUACAUAGCUCCUGAGGUGCUGAGCAAGAAAGGGCACAGUUUCGAGGUGGACGUGUGGUCCAUUGGGUGCAUCAUGUAUACCUUGUUAGUGGGCAAACCGCCUUUUGAGACCUCUUGCCUAAAAGAGACCUACCUCCGGAUCAAGAAAAAUGAAUACAGUAUUCCCAAGCACAUCAACCCCGUGGCCGCCUCCCUCAUCCAGAAGAUGCUUCAGACAGAUCCCACUGCCCGCCCAACCAUUCACGAGCUGCUCGAUGAUGAGUUUUUUACUUCUGGCUAUAUCCCUGCCCGUCUCCCCAUCACCUGCCUCACUAUUCCACCAAGGUUUUCAAUCGCUCCCAGCAGCCUGGACCCCAGCAACCGGAAGCCUCUCACAGUCCUCAAUAAAGGCGUAGAGAACCCUAUGCCCGAGCGGCCCCGGGAAAAAGAGGAACCAGUGGUCCGGGAGACCAGUGAGGCUGUCGACUGCCACCUUGGUGACAUGCUGCAGCAGCUACACAGCGUCAAUGCCUCCAGGCCCUCAGAGCGGGGGCUGGUGAGGCAAGAGGAGGCUGAGGAUCCCGCCUGCAUCCCCAUCUUCUGGGUCAGCAAGUGGGUGGACUAUUCGGACAAGUACGGCCUCGGGUACCAGCUGUGUGACAACAGUGUGGGGGUGCUCUUCAAUGACUCUACACGCCUCAUCCUCUACAAUGACGGUGACAGCCUGCAGUACAUAGAGCGUGACGGCACCGAGUCCUACCUCACCGUGAGUUCCCAUCCCAACACCCUGAUGAAGAAGAUCACCCUCCUUAAGUAUUUCCGAAACUACAUGAGCGAACACUUGCUGAAGGCGGGUGCCAAUAUCACGCCCCGGGAAGGUGAUGAGCUAGCACGGCUACCCUACCUGCGGACCUGGUUUCGCACCCGCAGCGCCAUCAUCCUGCACCUCAGUAAUGGCUGUGUGCAGAUCAACUUCUUCCAGGACCAUACCAAGCUCAUCCUGUGCCCACUGAUGGCAGCUGUGACCUACAUCGACGAGAAGCGGGACUUCCGCACGUACCGCCUGAGCCUCCUGGAGGAGUACGGCUGCUCCAAGGAGCUGGCCAGCCGGCUCCGCUACGCCCGCACCAUGGUGGACAAGCUGCUGAGCUCGCGCUCGGCCACCAACCGCCUCAAGGCCUCCUCGUAGCCCUCCCUCCCCUCCGGACUGGUGCCCUUCCUCCCCCGACCAGCACCUUGGUCCAUACUGGUUAGCUCCCAUGGUGCUUGUUUUUGUAAAGUGCCCCCAGCCCUGGGGGCUGGGGAGAAAACUAUAUCAUCUUUGUAGGUGGGGGUUGCUACGUAAGUUAUUUUUGUACAUGUUCGGGUGUGGGUUCUGUGGCCUCUUCCCCUUCCUUCUCAACCCCACCGUAUGAAUUGUACAGAAUAUCGCUGUUGAAUUCGGGACUGUCCUCUCCUUGCCUUUAUACACAUUAAACACAUGGGAAUCUUC